AUGCACAAGCUUGCACAAUCGUACAUGACUCAGCCAAGUGAGCACUCGAUCAUCGAGCAAAGAUCUCUCCGCGGCCUCCGCGCUCAACGCAACACCCACAACACCCAUCCCAAUUCAAUGACAGGAAGAGCUCCAUCUACAGGUACCGCCCGGAGCUCGUUCCGCGUGCGCGCAUGUGACAAUUGCAGACUCCGCAAGAUCAAAUGCGACAAACUGGCACCAUGUUCGAGCUGCAAUGCUUUGGGAAUUUCCUGCAGCUCUGCAGGAACUACUAGUACACCGGCCACUCCCGGUACAACACGGCCGCAAACCGACGAAUAUGAACAGAGGUUCCACGCGAUACAGGACCAGCUCAACUCUAUUCAGCACACGCUCCUACAGUUCUCUAGAGCGUCAGCUGUUCCGCCGGCUGCUCGUGCUCCCUCACCUGCGGUCCCGGCCAUCGCGGUUUCCAGCCCGGCGCCAGCGAGACAAACCAUACCUGCGUUCGAAGGACAGUCCUCGUUUCACCAUGAGACACUUGUCGCAAGAGAUGCUGCCCUUUCCGCAGUUGUCGCCGCUCGGAGCGGAGAACUGAACGACCAGGUUUCCUCUGCGCUGUCGUCGUUGAAGAAUAGUCUCGACACUCAUCACACACCGGCCGCUUCGCCGAGACCAGUCGAAGAGCAAGUCCCGAGAGAGCCAUUACUGCCUGCCGAUCUUGUCGUUGCAGUGGUGAGAAAGGUGAAAGCACACCCACCGUUCUUCCUCGUCAGCCAGUCGUGGAAAAACACCCGUCAAUUAGAGUCGCUCUGCCAGUCAAUCUACUUUCCCUUGGAACCAGUCUCGACCGGCACAUUGACUCUCCUCCACGGUUUGUUAUACUUUGUCAUCCGUGAUUACAUGCACGAAGGCGAUCCUGAUCUCUCGCGGUUUGAUCUUGCUUCGAGCAAGGCCUUUUGUGAACGGAGUUUCUCCGCAGGUCUCAACAGCUAUCAGAUGAUGGUGGAUCCUUCUCUAGAGAAGGUGCAGGCCUUGCUGAUCGGAGUCCUCAAAGCGCAGGAGGAAUUUGAUAUCCAACGGUGCUGGACCUACCUAUCGCUCGCGUUCAACAUGUGUCAGACAAUGGGCUUGCAUCGCAACGCUACCACACUUGCUGAUCCGUCUCCCAUCGCCGACUCCAAACGCCACGCCUUUUGGUCACUGUACACCAUCGACAAGAAUAUUUCAUUGAACAUCGGCGUGACAUCGCAUUUCCAAGACCAUGACAUCGACACAGAACUCUAUACUCCAUCGCAAGAUCACAAACAACGGUCUUGGGAUCUCAUCAAUCUCAUCACUGUCGAGUUCGCCGCUAUUCAAGGAAAGGUAUACGAUCAGCUGUACUCGAUAGGCGCUUCAAGAGCACCAGAGGAGGAGAGACUCACCAGGAUCCACGCACUGUCCAUGGAUCUCAUGAGUGUGCGGAACAAGUUGCUAGAGAUCGACGUCAGCAAGGGCCUCUACGCAGACUCCCUCCACGGAAUGACCGCCUGCGCCGAUUUCAUCGCAUACUCUGUGCUAACCGUCAUCUACCGCGCCCAGACCCGCGCCCGCGAUGCAAUGGCCGUCUCAUCACAAUGCUACGAAGCCGCCUCGAUGGCGCUACACAGCCAUCUCAAAUGCUUCACCUACUUCCGCGACCGGCAGGCACAUAAGCAGGCUGAAUAUGUGAAUUCGAUCCUGCUCUAUCCCUCGUUCACACCAUUCGUAAUCGUCUUCACCCACGCAAUCACGACAGCCAGCGCCUCCGACCUAACCCUCCUCCAAGAAACCGUCCGCUCCCUCGACCUGAUCAAAAACGUCUCUCGCGGGUCAAUCCACCUAUACACGAUCUGCGAAGCGUUCGCCAAAACCGCACAGGUCCUCGUCGACUCGCGACAGACACUAACGGGUCUAGCGCAGCAUCAUGACGGAUCUCUAAUUGCCGAAGGCGAAGGGCGGACGAGUAUCGCGCUGCCCGAUGUGAUUUGGCCGGAGGAUCUGUUCGACACGCAUGUGGAUCAGGCGGAUAUUUCGAUGUUUCUGAAUGAUUUCAUCGGGACGAAUCGGUCGGUUAUGGAUAUGUUGAAUUCGGAUUAUAUGACUGAUUACGGGACUGGGAAUGGGAAUGGGAAUUAAUGUACAUGUGACUACUUUACUUUUACUUCAUUUUGUGUUUCCACUUGUCCUCCCUGUCUCGAUACUCUGCUUCAUGCUCCAGUCCUCCACUCCCACCUUGAUACUCGAUACCGCACCACAUGAUCUCUUACGCUCCGCACGAUGUUU